AUGUUGAUCGUCCAAGUAGAUCACACUGCUAGUGAAGCUUUGCGACGAUUGAUAGUUCGAGAAACGGUGGGCAAUCACUUUUCUGAAGUUAUUGUGGAUGCACUGCAUCGGUACUACGUUCAGAACCAUUCGUCUACGAUGAUCACGCGUUUGGCAACGGUGAGUCGCUCAACAUUCGACCUGCAGUCAGAUAUUAUGGACGAGGUGAUGCAGCGUACCUCCCAUAGCAUCGCGUAUGUCUUUGGAGCGACCAACCAAAACAGCAGGCGGCCACGAUUCUUCAAUAUCGCGUUCAUCGAUGGCUACGCAGCAUUCGAUCAGCUAUUCCGUUCGCUAGAUCCGGCCUACAACGACUUCUCGGGGUACUACCUGAUAGUGCUAACUGCGAUCGGACAACUGCUACCGCAGACUCUACAACGUAUCUUCGCUUUUCUAUGGUCGCUUAACGUCGUGAACGUGAACAUUGUAACCGCCGAUCUGGAAGACCAUAGUCGAUGGCAGAGUGUGCUCAUGUACACAUAUUACCCGUACAGGGCAGGCGCCUGUGAGCAGAUCAAGCCCCAUUUGGUGCAUAGGUUUCGCAAGGGUCAACGGUUGGACGAGGUUGUUGAGAUCUUCCCGAAUAAACUGGACGAUUUCCAUGGAUGUCGCAUCACAGUCGGUACAUUCCACCUACCUCCGUAUAUGCUUAUUAGACAGAAUUUAUCAAACGCAAGUACCGAGCUGUCAUGGAUUACCUCUAACGCUGACGAUCUGGAGCUUGGACACGGUGUAGAGGGAGAUCUCUUAGUAGCGCUCGCCCGGAAGCUCAAUUUUACCAUACGGCUGGUAGUACCCGAUGAUCGCGAAUUGUGGGGUGUUGCUGGUGAGCUUGGUCCUAACGGCACAUUCCCGGAUGCGACAGGAUGCAUUCGGUUGGUCGUGUCCGAGCGUGUUAAUUUGACGUUUGGUCGUUUUGCCAUUCGCGGUGAUCUCAAUCUCGCUAUGAAGCACAGCCGGAGCUACUACACGGUCCCGAUGGUGUUCGCCCUAUCAGCGGGUCGACCGUACACACCGUUCGAGAAGCUGUUUCGACCGUUUGCUCGCAGCACCUGGCUAGGGAUGGUGAGUCUUUUGCUCAUUGGUGUCGCGGUCAUUGCCAUUCUGGGCUCCACCUGCAUACCAGAGUCGGUGCGCUCGUUUGUGUAUGGCCGAGGGGUUCGGUUGGCUUUGUUGAACCUUCUGAUUGUGCUCUUCGGUGGUUCGAUGGUGCGACUUCCUAGCCGCAACUUUGCCCGUACUCUGCUAUCCUUCUGGAUGGGCUACUGCCUGGUGCUGCGGUCGUUGUAUCAAGGUUCACUGUUUGAGUAUCUACAGGAAAAGAAGAACUUCAGCCACCCGCAGACCGUGUUGGGACUGCUGGCCGAAUCCUACAGCGUCUACUCCAUGCGUGGUGCGGCAAGGAAUCUUGAUCUGGUACCGAGGGUCUCUUCGCAAGUUAGCUGGCUUCCGGAUGACGAUGUACAUGUCGAGGGGCUGUUGCACGAUCUUCGCAGUUACCGCUUCCGAGGCGCACUGUUCACCGACAUCGACCGGGUGGCAUUCUUCAACCGUCAUCAUUUCCGUGGCGGCUAUGUGCACAUCGUCCGGGAGGUGUUGGUCCAUCUGCCGAUCGGGUUCUACUACCCCAAGAAGUCCUGCCUGGUGAAUGUGUUUGACCGCGAAAUCGACAACAUCCUCAUGUCCGGCUUCGUCACGCACCGGCUGCAGCACUACGUUACGUACGACUUUUUCCACCGUCAGCCGUACUACCACGUGCCGAGCCCGCUCACCAACGACCAGCUGAUCGGAUGCUACGAAACCCUGGCGGUGCUUCUAGUGACCGCUCUGGCGACCCUGCUGCUCGAGCUGGGUUCCUUGUGGUGUGGACCCCUACAUCGGGCGCUCGUUUUCUUGCACGCGGAGUAG